AUGGAGAGAGCAGAGAUGGGUAGAAGUCACAAAGUCCCUAGACUGAAGUAUGCAUUUGUUUACAGAGAUAAUUGGACUCGCCUUAAUGUGAGACCAGCCAAGAUCAUGCAGGUGAUUAAAUUUGUUUGUACUUUUCUUCCUGAUCAUGAAAGUAACAUCAGAUAGUGAAAUAUUAUUUGAAUCUCUAUGACACCUUGUUUCUGCCUUCUUCUACUGAAGUGCCUUUCUUUGUAGAAUAAACCAUCAAUAUACAUCGUAUAAAUAUUUAUUGCUGUUGUUUAUAUCAUUAUUAUGCACCAGGUUUUCCACAAAACAAAGGCCUUGAGAAAAUAUGCAGGCCCCACUGCUAAUGUUUUUUUAUUCUUUUUAUUUUUAAAUCUGUAGCAACGUUACAUGAUCGCAGCUAUUCAAGACCUUGCAAAAGAGCCCAAUCAGGAAAGUGCUACUCUUGUUGCAAGCUUCCUAGAGGCAUGUUGUAGUGUAUUGCGUUACCUAAGCGUUACUAUAGUCACGCUAUAUCCUGUAAGACACGAUCGGUACAUGAUUGUAAAAGUACAUUCCUAUGUAAAAGUAGUAUUACUGAUUCCUAGUAUUGUAUUGUGAAUAUCGCUUGUUGAUUCUUUAAUAAAAUUCAGUUGAGCAAUAGCAAUGAAAGGAGUAACUUGACUGAGUCUAGACGACACAACACAUGUAGUCUCAUUUUUGAAAAUGGUCUCUUGAGCAGACGCAGAAUUAACAGUUUAAACAGUCCUGUUAUUCCAAAUACAAAGAAAGGUAUGGAUUUCUUUGAGAAAUGGUGCCGCAGCCAUAAAGAAACAGGUGUUUUAAAAUUAUAAAUUUCUGAGCUCUAUGAAGUUACUUUGUCGUUUAAGGCUGCCAGAAGGUGAAGCAACAACUUCUUAUAGUUUGGUGGGCACUGCAGCAAACGUUUACGUAAGAGCCUUGCACACGUAUGCUAUCUGUUUAUUAAUGGAUAAAAUCUAUGUAGUCAACACUACCAUCAUAAGAAUCAAUUGUCACUCGGCUGCAGUCUUUAAGGCUGGACUAGUGAUGUGGUGAUGAGAAAGGUGUAGAAAAACUUUUCCAUUUGCAAUACAAUGUAAUCAAACCUCGAAAGGAGCUCAUUUCAAUUAACAACAAAUUGGCCUGAAAAUGUUUCAUGUUCCUGUUCAAUAAUAUUGUUAUUCGAAGCCUUGGUUUUACAAGUAUUGAUGUUGUGUAAUAAUAAUUGUUAUAUUAUACUAGGUGCAGAUUUUGUGUUGCAGUAUACUCUGACAACACCAAGAAAUCCAGACAGAAAAAGUCUCUUGCAUGGCAGGUUAGUUGGUGUGAAAUAAAAGAUUAAAUUAUGUAUUGCUGGCCAAAAAAUUAAUGCAUGGUGACUGAGCCAUUUUUGAAAUUUCAAAAUGAAUAGUUGCUGCUACUGUUGGGAUGUGAAUAAAUAUGCAACAAUGUAACCUGCCACCAUGGGCCAUUACCUUCUUUUCAAUAACUCAGAGGCAGUAGUCGUGCCAGGUUAAUGUAACCUUGGAAAGUGGAUGCACUGUACCUAGCACUGUGCAUGCUUUGUGUUAGAAUUCAAAGUUAGAGCCAUUUAACAUUGUAAUGUCUUGAAAUAUUAGUUCAAAUGGGAAUAUUCAAAUCAAAGCUUAAGGCUUGCUGAGCAACACUUUUGCAUGGUACUGUUUCUCUAUAUAUUUUUUUGAAAUAACUUUCUAGAAAAGUUAUCUGCCUUGAGCUUGGGAAACCUUAAAUAUGGAGGGCACAGGUUAAAAAAUGACAUUUUUAACUUGUUUUUAUGCCAUGUAUUUGUAGACUUGAGAUCUUCUUCGUGUUGUCAUAAAUAGAUUUCUAUCCUUUUGCCAGUGA